UUAAUUCCCAUGGGUACACAACAACCUGAGGUAUAUAUAUUAACUAUUAUUUGAAACAAAUACACUUUCCUUUCAUCAAAUGUAACAAGUGGCUCAUGUUUCGCCGUUCUGCUGUAUUCAUGUUAUGUAGAGCUCAGUGUCACAACAGCGUGAAAACAGUGGUUGUUUGUACGGUUCAUGUUUCUGUUGAUGAAUUUAAUCAUCACGUUUUCUGCUAUAAAACCACAAACUGAGCGGAGAACAUCAGAUCGCACUGAAGAACUGAGCUCAGAUCAGAUUAACCAGAACCAGAACUGAACCCAGACCAGCCAUGGACAGAGUCUUUCUCUUGCUGUCAGUCCUGUCUCUGGGUGUCUCCUCUCAGCCAAUCACAGACAGCCAGCGUCUGUUCUCCAUCGCUGUCAGCAGAGUGCAACACCUCCACCUGCUCGCCCAGAGACUCUUCUCUGACUUUGAGAGCUCUCUGCAGACAGAGGAGCAGCGUCAGCUCAACAAAAUCUUCCUGCAGGAUUUCUGCAACUCUGAUUACAUCAUCAGCCCGAUCGACAAGCAUGAGACGCAACGCAGCUCUGUUCUGAAGCUGCUGUCGAUCUCCUAUCGAUUGGUGGAAUCGUGGGAGUUCCCCAGCCGUUCUCUGUCCGGAGGUUCUGCUCCAAGGAACCAGAUCUCACCAAAACUGUCUGAACUGAAGACAGGAAUCCACCUGCUGAUCAGGGCCAAUCAGGAUGGAGCAGAGAUGUUCGCUGACAGCUCUGCCCUCCAGCUCGCUCCGUAUGGAAAUUAUUAUCAAAGUCUGGGAGCUGACGAGUCACUGAGACGGAGCUACGAGCUGCUUGCCUGCUUCAAGAAGGACAUGCACAAGGUGGAGACCUACCUGACGGUGGCUAAAUGUCGACUCUCUCCAGAAGCUAACUGCACCCUGUAGCCCCGCCUCUCUGAUGACGUCAUCCUGUGUGUUCUGUAGCCCCGCCUCUCUGAUGACGUAAUCAUGUGUGUUCUGUAGCCCCGCCUCCAUGUUCUCUUUGCUGGUUAGCAUUAGCCUGUGAUGGUUUUCUGAUGUCAUCAUCAGAUAAAUAGUACAAGCUAUGAACAGGAAGUGAUGUAAGACUGUCGGCCUUUUCUCAGCAUGUGAAAUAAACUGCGCUGUGUUGCAUUCAGCUGCGUCUCUGUGUGAUGAUUCAUGUCAUCUGUCUGAAACUCACCGGCAGCAGGUAAACAAAGAGCAGCCCAGAUCUCUAUCUAUGUAUAUGUGUGUGUAUGUAUAGAUGAGCGAGGAAACACCGUUAAUAAAGUGAAUACAGGUGAUCAGAGAUGUAAUCAGGAUGUUUCACAUCAGACUCUGAUCUGUUUGCUUCAACUGAUUCUUCUCUUGAUUCACUGAUUAAAUGUUUUUUCUUUGUCUUCACCGUGUAGGAAAUUGUGCACU